AUGGCAGCGAAUGCUCCAGUAAACAUCAACUACUGGCGGUGGACGUUGCCUUCAGGUACCGCAUCACCGGCUCCUCAACCAUCGAUGCCGGGAGAUGAGAAUCUGCCGGAGCUCCAGGAUUUGGACCAGACUGAAUUGCUGGCAGAGGAUUUCUAUAGAAAGCCGGGGAUUCAUGUCAUCAUCAUGCCUAAAGUGGAAGAAGGAAUCUUAAAAGCUGAGGGAAGUGAAGAAUUGUGCAGACAAUUAUUAAAGAAAUUCUUUCUUCCAGAAUUCUUCUUUCGAAGACUAGGCUGGAAUGCAAAUGGAAUGUUUGGCAGCACUGAAAAUCUGUCACAAACUGAUGAAGAAACAAGCUAUGGAACAUUCUCGCGUUUUCUUUCCAAGAAAGUGAGGGAGAAAGACCCUGCAAGGCCACCCACGCCAAAAAGCGAGCACGACGAAGAUCUAGUCCCAACCCUUACCCCAAACUAUGAGGGUGAUUGGCAUUAUAUGGCCUUUUGUACCUUGUGGCGGUCUUCGGCUCUUAAUUCAGAGACAGAUAACGGCCAAGCCAAACCGGAGGAAUCUGCUGACGAAACCAAUAUUCUUCUAUGUUUCGAUCUUGACGACGAUAUUGUCCUUCGGCUAAGACGCCUACUGCAUAACACAGACCUCAGGAAUUGGAAGGAAGAGCCAUUCCUGAUGCUAGAGUUUGCACUUAGUAUCGUGGUGGACCAGUGCGAGGAAGAUUUGUGGAGUUUCCGGAAGCCAGUGCGGGUUAUAGAGCAGACGCGUGGCAAGGAGCUACCCCAAGAAACCGACUCUUCUGACAACGACAAGACAUUCGAGAACCUCGUCGAACGAUACAGCCGGCUUCACGAAUUAUCACGCCAUGUGAUUCAUAUCUCCGAGACAAUGAAUGCGGCCUCUGGCAACCUUAAGGCAAUUGUACGAGACCAUGAUCUAUGGAUCCAGUCGAAGACUCGUUCCUCCGCAGCAACAAAGCGACUAUCGAAAGCGCUUCUGCUUCGUGAAAACAUGAUCUCCAAUUUGAAUUUUCGGGCCAAGGCAUUUGUGAGUCGGAUGGAUAACGAGAUCAAGUGUGCCUCCAACUUUGUUGCCGUCGCGGACAGCAAUAUCUCCAAAGGUAUUCUGAAGCAAACUCGGAAUGAAGGAAAACAAUUGUACGACACUGUGUCUGCUCUAACAUUGCUAUUUUUGCCGAGUACUUUUAUCUCGGGAUUCUUCGGAAUGAAUUUCUUCACUCUCCAAACCAACGAGACAACGCAAAAGUUACAGUGGGAGACCCAUCCGAAGAUCUGGAUGUUCUUCGUUUGCGCAAUUCCAAUCACCAUACUGGGCUUCUUCAUUCCCGUGCUAGAAUUCAGCUUCCUUGAUUUGAUCCAGGACAUGCAAGAAUUCAUGCGUGUCAUUUUCGGUCAAGCAGAAAAGUCAGACGUCGAGAAUCCCAGCCCUAGGAUCUCGACCGCUUCAGAUAAGCCAAGAAGGUCUUACAGGAGUUUUGGAUUCUCCAGGCGUGCUACAUUCGGCCCUACACCCUAG